AUUUAUGUGUUAAUUUAUGCUCAAAUUGAAGGUUUUAAUUUCUACUGCUGAUCCUUCUCGAUGCAUUCUUCAGUGAGGAUCACAUAGGAAGAAUCUGCAGAAAAUUGGAAACCUUAUUUUUAGCAGUUCUGCGAAUUCUGGACAAAAUUGAGGAAUCACUUGGUUGGUAAAUAUCACGGCUGAAGUUUUACACUGGCACUAAAGGGAUUGGAAAGGAGCUGGGAAGCCAAUGAGCAAGUUAGUCCACCUUUGAAUGCAGGAGAAGGUGGACAAGAAGUAUAAACCGCAGGGGGAGCUCAGAGAAAUGAAAAUCUAAUGAUGUAUUUAUUGCUUGGGAUAUUAUGCAUAGUGCCCGUGCUAUGGGUAUUUCGGAGUAAAUCCCUGUCCUACCAGUUGGAAGAUCUCAAAUUCUUAAUAAAAAUGAUCUAUUGUUACCAAAAGAUUCAAAAGUCAGUUUCACGUUCUCCUUCCUCUCCUGGCAUGUUGGAUGUGUUUUUACAGCAAGUGUCCACAAGACCUAACAAGACAUUUAUCUUAUAUGAAGACCAGGCCUAUUCUUACAGAGACUUGGAUCUGAAAAGCAAUCAAGCAGCAUGGGCUUUAAGCCACCAUGCCAAUCUGAAAAGUGGCAAUUGUGUUGCCGUCUUCAUGGGUAAUGAGCCUGCAUAUAUCUGGCUUUGGUUGGCACUAUCGAAACUCGGGUGUCCAAUGGCUUGUCUGAACUACAACAUACGAGGAAAAUCCUUUCUUAAUUGCUUCCAGAGCAGUGGGGCUAAAAUUUUGAUUGCUGCUCCAGAAUUGAAGGCUGCUGUGGAGGAAGUGCUGCCUGAAUUGAUAAAAGAUGGGGUACUGGUCUUUUACUUGAGCGGAGAAUCACCCACGGAAGGUGUUCAAAGUUUACUUGACAAAAUAGAAGCUGCUUCAGAAGACCCCAUUCCUGAAUCUUAUAGAGUGGGCAUUAAAGAAAAUACUCCAACUCUAUAUAUUUAUACAUCUGGGACUACAGGGCUUCCCAAGGCUGCUAUAAUAACACAAAGGCGCGCUUUCACGAGCUGCACAGUGGCCAUGCUAUGUGGACUCACAAGCGAGGAUGUAUAUUACAUUACACUACCUCUUUACCACAGUGCUGGGCUGCUCAUUGGAGUCCGUGGAUGUAUGCAGACAGGAGCUACUUGUGUCUUACGAAAGAAAUUCUCAUCCAGUCAAUUCUGGGACGACUGCAGGAAAUACAAUGUAACAUCAUUCCAAUAUAUUGGGGAGAUACUUCGAUAUCUAUGUAACACUUCUAAGAAAGACAAUGACACCGAUCACUGUGUGCGUCUUGCUAUAGGCAAUGGGGUGAGACCAGAGAUCUGGCGGCAGUUCACUGAUCGUUUUGGUAAAAUCAAGCUAUAUGAAUUCUAUGGAGCCACAGAAGGGAAUGUAUUAUUUUUAAACUACACACAGAAAGAAGGUGCAAUGGGAAGAUUCAACUACUUCUUAAAGCUGUUUCAGCCUUUUGAAAUUGUUAAAUUUGAUGUGGAAAUUGAUGAACCGAUUCGAGAUGCUGCAGGACACUGUAUCAGAGUAGCAGGAGGUGAGACUGGACUGCUGAUUGCAAAACAUAUUAACAGAAAUCCCUUUAGUGGAUAUGCAGGAAAUAGAAGCCAGACGGAAAAGAAGAAACUUUACAAUGUGUUUAAAAAAGGAGAUAUCUAUUUUAACACUGGAGAUUUGGUCAUGGUUGAUAAAGAAGGCUUUACAUUUUUUCAGGACCGCCUAGGAGACACAUUUCGGUGGAAAGGUGAAAAUGUGGCAACAACAGAAGUAGAAGACUUGGUGUUAAGGUUGGAUUUCAUUGAAGAAGCCAAUGUUUUUGGUGUUGCUUUGCCUAACCAUGAAGGUAGAAUUGGAAUGGUGUCUAUCAAGCUUGAAGCCGGAAGAGUCUUUGAUGGGGAGAAAAUGUUUGCACAUGUAACCGAGUAUUUACCAAAUUAUGCCAGACCUCGGUUUCUUAGGAUACAGGAUGCCAUACAGGUUACUGGCACAUACAAGCAAUAUAAAACGGAUCUUGUGAAAGAUGGCUUCAAUCCGUCCUGUACAAAAGAUCCGCUAUAUUUCAUGGAUGAUACUCAAAGGACCUACAGGCCCCUGGAUGACCAGAUUUACAAAGAUAUUAUGGAAAAUAGAAUGAAACUUUAAAAUGAUGAAAGGGGUUUAGCAAAUAGUUCUUUUGUAUCUACUCUGGAGAAAGAUUAUGUGGCACAUUUAUUAAGACCAGCGUUUUAGACGCCAGUCUUAAUAAAGCCCUGCACCGGCCUCUUCAUAACUUCGGCGGAUAGACCGCCGCUUCUAAAUGUAAGACAACUUCCUUGCUGUCUUAAAUUUAGACCAUUUUCUAAGCCUAAACUGGGCGCAGGGAAAAGUCACAGAGUGCGGCGUAAAGAACAUUUGCACUGCAAUCUGCGCCUAAUUUAGGCAUAUUUCUGUUUAUGUUUUACUCAUAUUAGCAUAUCCUAUUAAUGUGCUGUACUGGUCUCAGAAUAGAACACAUUUAGGGUUGUCGUGAAAAAAAUUUAAGAAAAUUGGGAAAUGUUGCACAUACCAACCAAUCAUAAUCCAGCAGAAAAACAGAAACAAUGAUCUGAUUGCACAUAAUGAGAAAUUGGAAUUUGUAGUAUGUCCAUGAUGUUACGAAAAAUGAUUGAAGUAAAUGUUCUAAAUCAAAUAUUAAUAGAGGUUUUCCAAGAUAUUCGGAUUACUUAUGCUCUGGAUAUGUCACCGAUAUAUGAUUGGUGGGAGUCCAACACCUAAGACCAUGCUUGAUAAGCUAUUCACUACAGCCAUCUCUCAGAUCUGCAAGAACACAGCUGUACAUUGGUAGCAACUGUGCUUGGUAUCACAGCUCAGAACCAUUCACUUCAAUGGGGCUGAGCUGCACUUAGGCCAUGCGACCAAUGAACAUGAUGUUACACACGUGUCACAUGGCCUAGGCAAUAUAGAGAGAAGGCCUCAUCACCACUGCAAGCGCCAGUGCCUUCUGAAACAGCUGAUCGGUGGGAGUCUCAGGUGACCCAGGGCCAGAUUAAGAGUUUCAGGACUGCUGAGCACUGAAUUCAUUGGGGGCCCCCCAACUAACACAAGGCCUUUCUCCACCGCCUACUAGAGGACAUAUAGUAAGACUCAUUCACUGCUUUGGAGUAAACCAGUGCAGUGUGUGCCGUACUGUAGCUUACUUGACAAGAUGAACACAUUGACCUGCAGAAGGGCGAAGUGUGGCAUGCUGCAAAUUUAGUUUUAAAGGCUAUGUACACACCUUUAGAGGCAAUUUUAGUUUAUGACUGCAUUUUACUAAUUUCUGUCUAAAAGUCAUAUUUUCAAUUGGCCCUUAUUAAAAAAUAUUGAGCCAUUCUGUCACAAAGGGUUAACUGUUUUUCUAUGACAGGUACUUUCCCUUUGUGCUGUCAUCUAAUAACCCUUAUUUCUAAACUACUUAGAGGUCAUAAACAUUUACUUAUGCUACAUUCUUAUUAGUAAGGUAAGGACUGAGCUAUAAUGAGUGUUUAUAAUGUCAGAGAGCAGCGAUAAGAAGUCCUUCUGCUCUCCAGAUGACAGAAAAGACAGCAAAUCCACAGGCAGCUAGUAGAGCAUUUCAG